CCCAUCUCAGCUUAUAACGGUUGAGUGAAUAUGGCUGUUUCAAGGGAAGCCCACAAGCGUGGCUUUAGCUUAACCCACCAGCGAGUCGUUCUCGACUUGGAUUUUGGUGGUUUGUUCAGGGGUUUUACUGAACUCACGAUUACACCAAUAUCUGAUGCACUCAAGACGGUCAAUAUACACUCGAGACAAGCCACUAUACAUAGAGUGCUUGUCACCCCGCCAAAUCCUACAGCUACACCCAUCCCGACUGACUUCACCCACCGCGAUCCUCAGUCACAUAUCAACUUAGCAGAAAACGAGGGAAAGGACGGCAAAGUGGACGUACAUCGACAUCCUGAGCUCAAGCGGAAAGUUUACUCGGCUCUCGCUCAAGGUGACGAAGGAGAACUAAGCAUUUCUCUCCCACCUGGCUGUAUCGUCCGUGGCUUAGGCGAUAAUGUACAACCUGAAAUUCCACCGUCCUCAGCUGAUAAAGACAAGGAGGAUCCAAAAGAGCAGAAAGAACAGAAAGAGCAGAAAGAGACUACACAGAAUACACAGGAUUUUGCCCCAAUUACUAUAUUCGUGGAGUUCUCCAUUACGCAGCCAUUUGAAGGUCUCCAGGUUGUGAAACCUACAGAGACUUCCCCAUAUCGCAUUCCGCACAUAUAUACAUCACCAACAUGCCCUGAUGCAGCUCGUUGUUGGGUGCCUUGUAUAGAUAGCUUGUGGGAAAGAUGCACUUGGGAACUGGAGUUUAUCACCCCUAGGUUCCUCUCAGCAGUCGGCGAAGACGGCGUAGAAGGCGAGCAGGAUGACCCAGUUGUCGUAGUUUCUUCAGGCGACUUGAUUGAACAGGUCGCACACCCAUCUAUAUCAUCAAAGACUAUCUUCCACUUUGCUCAAUCAUUGCCUACAUCUGUACAACACAUAGCUUUUGCAGCUGGCCCCUUCACUAUUUUACCGAUUCCGCAUACCUCCGCAACUACUCAAUCAACAUUACUUCAUGCAUUUGGUCCACCUGGUACAGCCAAAGAGUUGGCAGCUUCGGUAGCGAUCAUUCCACGCGCUUUGCAAUUCUAUAGUGCAGAGCAUGGUACAUAUCCAUUCUCAUCGUUCAAGGUCGUCUUCGUUCAUGAUCCGCCAGUCGAUGUCAGUGUUUCCUCAACUGUCGUAAUAAUGUCAAUGGAUUUGCUUCAUCCUGCCUCGGCGAUAGAGCAGACUUUAGAUACUCGACAAAAACUUUCACAUGCAUUGGCAACACAAUGGUCCGGAAUCAACAUCAUGCCUAGAUCGUGGUCUGAUAUGUGGUUGGUUCAGGGUCUAGCAAGCUACAUCUCAAACCUCUUCUUGAAGAAGUCUAUGGGUAACAAUGAAUACUUCUUCCGUAUGAAGAAGGAUAUGGAUAGAUUAGCAAUGAACGAUACUGGCCAAUUACCACCAUUGUGUGUACCAAAUGCACUUGAACCUGCUAAUGACAAUGAUGCACCAUUUUUACUAUUAAAAGCACCACUAGUUUUACACAUUCUUGAUCGUAAACUUUCAAAGUCUGGAACAGCACAUGGUUUAUCGAGAGUUCUACCAAAGAUUUUCUUGGGUGCGCUUUCAGGUGAUGUUAUUAUAUCAACCAACGGUUUCUUGAGAACUUGUAGGAAAGUAGCUGGUGUAGACCUCAGACAAUUUGCUGAUCAAUGGAUUUUUGGAUCUGGUACACCAAGAUUCACAAUUGGUGCCAAUUUCAAUAGAAAAAAGAUGUGUGUAGAAAUGACAGUAAAGCAAGAAUCACCAGCAUACGACGCCCAUACACCAAAUACUCCAGAGAUGCAUUAUAACAGACCAACCCAAAUAUUUGAAGGUCAAAUGACUGUGAGAAUUCAUGAAGCUGAUGGUACACCAUAUGAGCACGUUCUUGAUAUCAAGGAUGCAAAUAAGAGGUUCGACGUUCCUUUCAAUACGAAGUAUAAACGUGUUAGAAGAAACACAAAGCGUUAUCAAGCCAGACAGGCAGCAGCAGCCGCGGCCGCACAGGGUGAUGAAGAAGCAGCUGAAGCUAUCGGUAUGAUAGAUUUGGGUUUCCAAUUAAAUGACUGGGAACAAGAAUCCGAGAGAGACAGAUGGAAGGUUGAGGAUUGGACUGAAGAGGAUGAAGCUGCGAUGUCACAAGCUACCUACGAAUGGAUCAGAGUUGAUGCAGACUUUGAAUGGAUUUCUAUGAUAACAUUCGAACAACCAGAUUUCAUGUGGGUUUCUCAAUUGCAGCGUGACAGAGAUGUUGUUGCCCAACUAGAAGCUGUUCAUGCUUUGAAAUCUAUUCCAUCAAAAUUGGUUUCAACUCAGCUCACUAGGACGGUUUUGGUCACAAACUACUUCUUCAGAAUUAGGAUGGAAGCCGCUAUGGUUUUACAUACAUGUGCAACACCAGAAUUGGAUUAUAUCGGAAUGUUCCACUUAUUCAAGAUCUUCCAAUCUAGGUACUGUUAUCCACCACCACAAGAGAUCAUGGAUCCAUUCGGUUUCAAGUGUAUACCACUGGCUAACAACUUCGAUGACUUGAGUGAAUACUUCGUUCGUAAGGCUGUCAUCGUUUCCUUGACUUCAAUCAGAGAUCAAUCUAGUCGAUCUAUGCUCAAUAUUAGAGAAUUCCUCGUUGAUCAGUUGAGGUACAAUGACAAUUCGAGUAAUAGAUAUUCCGAUAGCUACUAUUUGUCUGGUAUAAUUAGUUGCUUAGCCAUUGCUCUUGUACCAACCGUCCAACACGAAGCUAGUGUGCUGCAGCAAGAUGAGGAUCCUGAUGCAAAUGAUCAUCCGUUUGGUCCUCACGUUCGUCGACAAGCAAUUGAAGAAGUCGAAAGGUAUAGAACCAUGGAUAGGCUCGUACCUUCUUAUCAAAAUGUCAUCUCAGUUGCGACGCUUGAGUUUAAUGUCAAGUUGAUGAUCGCAGGUAUAAUACCGAACAACGCACCACUCUUCAUCCCAUAUACAAGGGAGGGUAACUACCCACCGCUUCGAAUCGUCGCGUUCGACUGUUUACUGCUUCUUGGUGCUCUUCGCCAUCGCCCAAUCAUUCAAUACUUUUCUACCAUACUCGGGUAUGACGAAUCAAGGGUGGUCAGAAGAUCGCUGGCUCAAUCUAUGAUCGAGUCACUUAUCGUUUUGAUGGCAACUGGUGAUUUGGCCGCCAUUCAGAAGAAGGAACCUCAAUUCAUUGAAGAAGAUGCCAAACUGAGUGAAAUUAAAGAGAAGGACUCUGGUAAAAGUGAACUUGACAGACAGUUGAAGGGUCUUCGCAAAGAUAUUGGUAAAUUAGCUAGUCUUAGAAUGGGUAUUAUGACUGCACUGUUGUCAUCACAAGUCGAUUAUCAGGUUAGAUGGACGCUCCUGCAACUUUGUGAUGUUCUCUACAAAGGCAAUACAGAACCAUUACCUAAAGUCAAGUUCAAGUUACCAGCGCCAGCACCUGCACCUGCGCCACCUCAACCACCUGCGUCGACUGAGCAAACACCGACGAUGCCUGUCAAAAUCAAACUCAAGGCACCAACAAUACCAUCAGCCACUCCAGCCUCAGCCACACCACCGCCGGUCAUGGAUACUAAAUCGCCAGAGCCAACACUACCAGAAACCAACGGUAAUGCAAACGGUUAUACUGCACCUAGUGGUAGUGGAUUGAACAUCUCACUCAAGAAGAAGAGAGAUAAGGCUGUACCGCAAGCCCAAAGAGGCGGUAUGUCAAGCCAGGAUGUCAGUGCUUGCCGAGCCAUUCAUAAACGUAUCCAAGGUCACAAGACGGCGGGUUGGUUUUUGUAUCCAGUCGAUCCUGUUAGGGAUGGUGCUCCUGAUUACUUUACAAUAAUAAAGGAACCAAUGGAUAUAGGUACUAUGAGUGCCAAACUCGAUAGUGGUCAUUACGCAUCUAGGUUCGAUUAUGAAAAUGACUUCAAAUUGAUAAUUAAGAAUGCAACUACGUAUAAUGGACCAUCAUCUCCAGUUCAUAAAACUGCAUUAGAGUUAGAUGCAUUCUUUGACAAGCAAUGGCAAAGAGUUGCAAAUACGCUAAAUGCUGCCGCUGGACGUAGACCUACUGCACAAGCCAAUGAUGCUAUGCCAAGUCCACCAAGUAAGGUACCUGAUGCAUCUGAAGUAACGCAACCGCCACCAGCUCAGCCACGACUCUCAUUGAAGAUCAAACCUCCUAAGCCUGUCAAGGAUACUGAUAAGGAUAUGGAGAGUAAUGGUAAUGACAAUCUGGAUAGACCAGUGGAAGCAAGUAAUCCUCCGGCUGAUCCAGCUGUAAUAACUCAACCUGAACCGCCUGUUGCAGUCGAGGAAUCUUCUGCCUUACCAUCGGAACCAAGCACCCAGGAAGUGAAAACCGAAAGUGCACUACCAGAUGCAGAUGUAUCUGCAACGGUAUCUCAGCCAGUUGAAGAACAGCAGCCUCAGAUGGAUGUAACAACAGCUCAGUCAAAUCAUGAGGACAUUUUGAAUGACGAAUUACUAGCUUUGUCAGACAAUAAACCAACAACGACAUCAAUGCCACCACCACCGCCAAAGAUGCCUCAAACACAAUCGGAUGGCACUCUAGACUACAGGAAAGCAAAGAUUUUGUUGAGAAAGUUGACGGGUAUGCCAGAAGCUGCAAUAUUCUUGCAGCCAGUUGAUCCAAUAUUACAUGGCUGUCCAACAUAUCUGGAUGAGAUAAAGAGGCCGAUGGAUUUCUCGACAAUAUCAAAAAAUAUGGAUCAAAAGAAAUACGUAACUAAUGAUGAAUUCAUCAAUGAUGUUGAACAGAUAUUCAAGAAUUGCAGACAAUUCAAUGGUACUAGUGAAACCAGUACAUUGACUGCUCAGACUUGUGAUCCAGUAGAAAAAGCUUUCAAGAGGGAGUGGAGGAGCAUUAUGUUACCAAAGAUACCUCAUAAUGAAAAGAGAAGUUUGGUAUCUACGAUGAAAGGAUGGUAUAAGAGUGAACAUGCGUUUUGGUUCUUGCAACCUGUCGAUCCAGUUGCAUUGGGAAUACCACAUUACAAUGAUAUAAUUCCGCAAGAGAAUAUGAGAGAUCUAUCCCUCAUACAAUCAAAAUUAGAGAAGGACCAAUAUCCAUCAGUGGAUGCCUUCGAAGCUGAUAUAAAGUUGAUGACGUACAAUGCAAUCUUAUUCAAUGGACCAGAUUCACCAGUGUCAAUAUCGGCGAAGAUUCUAGAAAAGAUGGUAGCUAAUAGUCUGAAAGAGUUUAAGAAUAAGUUUAACUCCUUAAGCCCCCAACCUUCAACGCAGACCCAUAAGAGAGCUUCAUCGACUACUUCAGAGUCACGUAGUAAUAAAAAGAGUAGAAUAAAUUAAGUGAAUUUUGUAUUUUACAUUCAUAUUAUUGUUUCC